AUGCCCCCGACGCCCUCCCAGCCCGAGAGAACACCCCACACAGACCGCGGAAGCGGGCUCAUGGACACGGCCAGCGACGACAACAACGCAGAAGAAGGCGACUCGGGCCAGUCCCUGGUCAUCCAGGGGAAGUCGGGCAUCUCCUACGACCUGGCCGGGCUGGAUCCCGACUCAGAGGCGAGAGCGCUUGUCGGACUGACGAGCGAGUUCGAGGUGAUCAGCUGCACGACCACAGAGACUGGCUACGACUUUCAGCUUCUCGAGCGUCCCCGAGUCCACCUGAACCACAAUGCCUACACAUGCACCUGCUCGACGUUUGCGAGCCGCCCCGACGUGGCCUGCCAGCACAUUUUCUGGCUCCUCGACCAGCUGCACGGCUGUCUCGUCCCGCAACGCCCUCCCUCGGAAGUCCCCCUAGCCAGCGAUGGCCGGUCGCUCGGCUUCGUGCGCAUCGAAGGCCUCCUCAAAGGCAACCUGGAGAUGGUGGCAGACCAGCUGAACUGGCAGUAUACGCGCUCCGAGGCGGAGGGGGGCAUGAGCCGCCCGCAGAACGUCCGCGACAUCAUGUCCGCCUACCGCCCUGCGGUCCUUCCAGACGAGUUCCGGCUCGACCUCCUGGACGACGCGGGCCAGACACGCACCCCGGAGCAGUGCGUGGUGCAGGGCGACUUCGAAGCCACCAUGUUCCGGCUGGCCGUGCACGAUGACGCCGUCUACUCGAGCCUGUGUAAAGCCAUGCCGCCGGGGGCCCGCGCAGCGAUCUAUUUCGACAAGAUGCAGGAGCGGACGCGGCGGUUGUUGGCGGAUUUCAAUCGGUACAGUCAGACGGGACAGGCCGCGGGGGCACCGACGAUGAACGUGCGGGAGGUCGUCGACGAGCUGGGGCGAAACGUCCACCGGAUCAGAGAAAAUACUGUCGCGCGGGCACCGCACGGCAUGGAGGGCGCGGCGAAGACGCUUGUGACCUUGCUGGAGGACAUUUGCAAUCGCAACAACGACGCGCUGGAUAGUGUCAAGCUGCAGGUGACCGUCUUACUGCGUGAUUUACCACGAAUCUAG